AUGACUCCCUCCAUCCAGGAACUCACCGCCCGAUUCUCCGCAGCCUCCGGACAAGGCGACACCAACAUCAUCCUUGACAUCCUCAAAGUCCUAGCACAGCACGAGGACACCCCUCCAGCUCUCAAGCACCAGAUUGCGUUUACGAUCCACGCCCGCGAGAACCCGCGGAAGCACCCUCUGGUUGGGUCUGCUGACAUUUGGGGAGAGCCCGAGGGGCCUGUGCUCCCAAAAGACUGUAAUGUCUCCGCAGCGCUCACUGACAGAUGUCCCCGAAUCGAUUUAGGUACGGCGGUUAUGCUCAGUAAAGUCUGCCAGAGGAUCAUCGCGGAAACGUACGGUGGUGUGGCUAUUCCUGACCAGGAUCAGGCCACUGCUUGGGCCUAUCAUGGGUACUCGGUGCCCUUGGAGAGGCUCCGCGCCACGCCUGGCGAACAGAGCGAGGAGUAA